AUGAACGAAACAGAAGACUAUGAUGAUCAUACGGUGGAGUCUAUUCGUCGUAGUAGUCAAGUUAUGGGCCAUUUACAAAAAUUAAUGGUGGCUAAUCGUGGAGAAAUAGCCAUUCGAGUUUUUCGAACUGCUCACGAACUUUCAAUGAAAACUGUCGCUAUUUAUAGUCAGGAAGAUAGGUUGUCAAUGCACCGUUAUAAAGCAGACGAAUCAUAUCAAAUUGGUAAUUCAAAUACACUAACUCCAGUUGGUGCAUAUCUGGCACAAGACGAAAUAAUUCGUAUUGCUAAACUUCGUGGUGUAUCGAUGAUUCAUCCGGGUUAUGGUUUUCUUGCUGAAAAUGCCGAAUUUGCUAGAAAGGUUGAGGCUGCUGGUAUUUCGUUUGUUGGUCCUACUCCCGAAGUAAUUUCACAAAUGGGAGAUAAAACAAAAGCUCGAGAAAUUGCAAUUCAAUGUGGAGUUCCAGUAGUUCCUGGCUCUGAUGGACCAAUUUCAGAACUUUCCGAAGCUGAAAAAUUUAUUGAAGAACAUGGAUUCCCUAUCAUCAUCAAAGCAGCAAUGGGAGGGGGUGGUCGCGGUAUGCGUGUUGUUCGUGAUUUAUCUUCACUUGCUGAUUCCUUUGAACGUGCUCGUUCUGAAGCUUUAUCCGCAUUUGGAGAUGGUACGGUUUUCUUGGAACGAUUUUUGGAUAAACCAAGACACAUCGAAGUUCAAUUAUUGGGUGAUAAUGCUGGUAAUGUGAUUCAUUUGUUUGAGCGUGAUUGCUCAGUUCAAAGACGUCACCAAAAAGUAGUUGAAGUUGCACCAGCUGGUAACUUGGAUGCUUCAGUUCGAGAAGCAAUUCUUUCAGAUGCAAUUAAACUUGCACAAGCCGUGCGUUAUCGAAAUGCUGGUACAGCCGAAUUUCUCGUUGAUCAACAGAAUAGACAUUAUUUCAUAGAAAUAAAUCCUAGAAUUCAAGUUGAACAUACAAUAACAGAGGAAAUUACGGGAAUUGAUAUAGUGGCAGCACAAAUUCAAAUCGCCGGUGGAGCACUUCUUAGUCAUUUAUCACUUUUACAAAAUCGAAUACAACCACGAGGUUUUGCAAUACAAUGUCGUAUCACAACUGAAGAUCCAGCACAAAACUUUCAACCCGAUACAGGAAAAAUCGAAGUUUAUCGAUCAUCCGGUGGGAAUGGUGUUCGUUUAGAUGGUGGAGCAGGAUAUGUUGGUGCAGUCAUUACACCACAUUAUGAUUCUUUAUUAGUUAAAAUCACAUGUAGAGGUCAAACGUAUGAGGUGGCCAGACGAAAAGUUUUAAGAGCUAUAGUGGAAUUUAGAAUUCGAGGUGUUAAGACGAAUAUCCCAUUCUUACAACGUCUUUUAACACAUAAAGUUUUUAUAAGUGGAACAACAUGGACAACUUUUAUUGAUGACUCACCAGAUCUUUUCAGAUUGGUUGGAAGUAAAAAUCGAGCUCAAAAUAUCUUGAAAUAUUUGGGUGAUGUUGUUGUUAACGGAAGUAGUAUCAAAGGUCAAAUAGGUGAACCAUCCUUUAAAGCACCAAUUCUGUUACCUAACAUUCGAUGUUUAGCAGGUCCAGAACCAAUAGAUGUUAGUCAACCUCCAGCACAUGGAUGGCGACAUAUUUUACAAGAAAAAGGACCCGAAGCAUUUGCUAAAGCUGUUCGAGAAUAUAAAGGGGUAUUAAUUAUGGAUACAACGUGGAGAGAUGCUCAUCAAAGUUUAUUAGCAACUAGAGUUAGAACCAUUGAUCUUUUGAAUAUUGCACCUCAUACUACUCAUGCUCUUGCUAAUGCUUAUUCUCUUGAAAUGUGGGGAGGCGCUACUUUUGAUGUUUCUAUGAGAUUUUUGUAUGAAGAUCCUUGGGAUCGUUUGAAAAAAUUGCGAGCAGCUGUUCCAAAUAUUCCAUUUCAAAUGCUUCUUCGAGGAGCUAACGCUGUGGGAUAUAGAUCAUAUCCAGAUAAUCUUAUUUAUGAGUUUUGUCAAAAAGCAAAAGAUAAUGGAAUGGAUGUUUUCCGUAUUUUUGAUUCACUUAAUUAUAUUGAAAACUUAAAAUUGGGUAUAGAUGCAGUUAAGAAAGCCGGAGGAGUAAUAGAAGCAAGUAUUUGUUAUACUGGAGAUGUAUCAAAUCCAAAUAAGAAAAAACAUAAUUUAGAAUAUUACUUAAAUUUAACUGAACAAUUAGUGGAAGAAGGAAUUCAUGUAUUAGGAAUUAAAGAUAUGGCAGGAUUAUUAAAACCGAAGGCUGCAAAAUUAUUAGUAGGAUCUAUUAGACAAAAAUGGCCAUCAUUACCUAUUCAUGUACACACACAUGAUACAGCCGGAACUGGUGUCGCUAGUAUGUUGGCAGCAGCAGCUGCGGGAGCUGAUGUCAUUGAUUUGGCUAUUGAUAGUAUGUCAGGAGUAACAUCUCAACCAUCAAUGGGAGCAGUAGUAUCAGCUCUAGAAAAUACUGAACUUGGUACAGGUAUUAGAUUAGAAGAUGUACACGCAUUAAAUGGAUAUUGGGAACAAGUACGAAAAUUAUAUAGUUGUUUUGAAGCCGGUGUUUUAGCAGCUGAUUCAUCAGUUUAUGAACAUGAAAUGCCUGGUGGUCAAUAUACAAAUCUCAUGUUUCAAGCAUCACAAUUGGGUCUUGGACAACUAUGGAAAGAAAUUAAGAAAGCUUAUUGUGAUGCAAAUAAAUUAUGUGGUGAUAUUGUGAAAGUGACACCUAGUUCAAAAGUUGUAGGUGAUCUGGCACAAUUCCUUGUGUCAAAUAAGCUUUCGCAUGAUGAUGUGAUUGUGGAAUUUUUCCAAGGUUAUUUAGGUCAACCAUAUGGAGGAUUUCCGGAGCCACUUCGUUCUGAUAUUAUCAAAGAUCUUCCAAGAAUAGAAGGAAGACCUGGAAUAUCAUUGCCUCCACUAGAUUUCACUAAAUUAAGAUCUGAUCUAGUAACAAAAUAUGGAAGAUCAAUUCGUGAUGUAGAUAUAUUAUCUUCUGCUUUAUAUCCCCAAGUAUUUGCGGAAUAUCGUGAUCAAAUAGAUAAAUAUGGAGAUGUAUCAAUAAUUCCUACUAGAUAUUUUAUCUGUAAACCUGAUAUUGGUGAAGAAUUUAGUAUAGAUUUAGAAGAGGGUGUUACUUUGAUUAUUAAAUAUUUGGCAGUUGGUUCAUUAAAUACUUCAACAGGGAAACGAGAGGUUUUCUUUGAAUUAAAUGGCGAAGCAAGAGCUGUCGGAAUUGACGAUAGAACUGCUGCUGUCGAAAAAGUUCAACGAGUUAAAGCAGAUCCUGGAAAACCAGGAGAGAUUGGUGCUCCAAUGUCUGGUGUUGUUAUUGAAGUUAGAACUAAAGAGGGAGCUGAAAUUAAAGCUGGUGAUCCAGUAUGCGUUCUCUCAGCAAUGAAGAUGGAAACGGUAGUUACCUCACCAGUUUCUGGUAAAGUUGAAUAUGUGGCAGUUAAACAAAGUGAUUCAUUAUCUGGUGGAGAUUUAGUGGUUAGAAUAAUAAAUUUAAGUUGA